CUCAGGCCGGAGCUUGGUUCAAGUUAACGACGCCCUGCAAAAUAUACAGCACUUUCCCAACUGCCCGACGAAAAGUUGAGAAGUGGAGGAGAACGUCCCCUUACGCAUAGGAUCAUCUUGUCUUCCAGAUUUUGAAGCUCGCCAAAGCUUUCUCACUGUCAGAUUUCCGAAGAGCUGUUCUAGUCCACUCUUGGCGCCGCUCUUCUUUGAAGCCGCUGAUAACAGGCAUUUGCCUCCACCUGCAUCAGUCAAAGCUGCUGAUAUAAGCCCAAUUGUUAAAACCUACACUUGUUAUCCCCUCCGUUGAUCAGGAUGCCAUCCAGGGGUGUGCCUACGGGGCAGGAUUGGGAGCCGGUGGUCAUCCGGAAGCAUCCCACAAAGUCAGCGGAGACAAAGGACGAAAAGGCGGUGAACGCGGCACGUAGGGCGGGAGGGCAGGUGGACACCGUCAAGAAGUUUGAUGCAGGUGCAAACAAAAAGACAACAGACACUGGAUUGCUGGCGCGAAAACUGGACGAGGAGACUGAAGAGUUUCAUUUACCGAAAGUCGAGACAGAAGUAAAGAAGAAGAUCCAGGCAGCUCGGAUUGAAAAGAAGCUCACACAAGCACAGUUGGCUCAGGCAAUCAAUGAGCAACCUCGGGUUGUUCAAGAGUACGAGUCAGGAAAAGCAGUUCCCAAUCAGCAAGUCCUCGCUAAAUUGGAACGCAUUUUGGGAGUGAAGCUCAGAGGAAAGAUCAAGUAAGAACGAUUUGUCUGUACAUAUGUAGUUUAGACCUACAGGUGGCCUUCUCUCUAGCACUUACAAGGUCUGACUUAACGGAAGCAAUUUGGGGUGCUCAGGAUAGUUUGAACAGGUUUUUGGGACUAAGGUUGCAUAAAGGGUGAAGGUUCAGCCAGACCAGCUCUCUGUUGCAGACCUUAAGACGCAUUGGGCGUUGCAGAAAAUACUGUCAUGUGGGAUGCCAGUAUGCAGAUUUGCUCCGUGGGGAUUCAUCUGUUCAAAGGUUAUCAUAGUUUGUCUGAUAUUAUUGGUGCUUGCAGCUCAGAUUAGUCCAUUGUUUCUCUGAGGCCUAUACACCCAUAUCCUCACACCAUACUUCCAGCUACUGAUUGGUCGUUGACAAUUUGGAUGUUUGGCCCAUUCCUACAUGACAG